AAGAAGAAGAAGAAGAAGAAGAAGAAGAAGAAGGUCUUCAUCAUCCGACACUUGCUCAUCACUGACCACCGCUCAGGAUUUCAGGCAUUCUUCCCCCUCUCCUCCUCUGGCCUGACGGACCCACCAGCCAGUCACCAUGAACUACCUCCGCCGGCGCUUGUCAGACAGCAGCUUUGUGGCCAACCUCCCCAACGGCUACAUGAUGGAUCUGCAAAGGCCGACCCCUCCAGGCUCAUCCACUUCGUCCACUUCCUCCCCCGCCUCCCCGGCCACAGAGAGGCGGCAGCCCCCGAGCAUCCCCACUCCGGCUUCCAACCCGGCCUCAGGCUCGGGGCCAGGCUCAAGCACGGGCACGGGCUCGGGCUCAGCAGGGAGCUUCCUCAGCUCCUUCUCCAGUGUGGUGAAGAGUGCUCAGUUGGCCCAAAACGUUGCCGCCGCUGCACACGCUAAAUCUGCAGCACCCGCAGCUAAUGGAUCCUCAACAGGAAGCAGUCAGCCCCCUAAACCUGUCAUACGCAAGCCCAAGAUUCUGCUGGUCAUCGAUGAUCAGCACACCGACUGGGCAAAGUAUUUUCGAGGGAAGAAGCUGAACGGAGAGUAUGAAAUCCGGGUGGAGCAGGCGGAGUUCUCCGAGAUCAACUUGGCCUCCUACGUCAACUCGGGAUGUAUGGUGGACAUGCAGGUCAACAAAGGUGGCACCAGAGUGGUCAGGUCCUUCAAGCCAGACUUCGUCCUGAUUCGCCAGCACGCCUACAGCAUGAUCCCCGGUGAGGAUUUCAGGAACCUUGUGAUCGGCCUGCAUUUUGGCGGCGUCCCAAGCACCAACUCUCUCUUCUCCAUCUACAACUUCUGCAGCAAACCUUGGGUGUUUUCUCAGAUGAUUAAGCUCUACCAUUCCCUCGGUCCUGAGAAAUUCCCCCUGAAUGAACAAACCUUCUAUCCCAACCACACGCAGAUGGUAACAACCCCUUCCUACCCUGUGGUGGUCAAGAUGGGUCACGCCUACGCUGGCAUGGGAAAGAUCAAAGUGGAAAACCAACAGGACUUCCAGGACAUCACCAGCGUGGUGGCUCUGGCCGGGACCUACGCCACCACUGAGCCCUACGUCCAGUCCAAGUAUGAUAUCCGCAUCCAGAAGAUCGGCAACAACUACAAGGCUUACAUGAGAACGUCCAUCUCUGGAAACUGGAAGGCUAACACGGGCUCUGCUAUGUUGGAACAGAUCGCAAUGACUGACAGAUAUCAGCUGUGGGUGGACUCCUGCGCUGAGAUGUUUGGUGGCCUAGACAUCUGUGCAGUGAAGGCCGUCCAUGGAAAAGACGGGAACGACUAUAUCAUCGAGGUGAUGGACAGCUCCAUGCCUCUGAUUGGUGAGCAUGUGGAGGAAGAUAGACAGCUGAUCACAGAGCUGGUUAUCAACAAGAUGGCCCAGGUGCUGCUGGGAGUUUCCACACCUCAGACUUCAUCUGUCAAGACCACACAGCCCAGACGAGGGGGACACCGCUCUGCCUCCGCCUCUCCAUCUCAGUCGGCCCAGGGUUCACCUCAGCGAGCCCGAUCAGCCAGCACCUCACCCAGCCAGGCCUUCCAGCCCGGGCCCAUCCCUGCCACCUCUGGGCCUGGAGCUCAGAAACAGUCCCCACAGCUGAACAAAUCCCAGUCUCUGACCAACACCUUCACGGAGACGUUACGAGGAAGCCUGACCGACGACGAGGCCAAGGCUGAGACCAUCCGCAGCCUCCGACAGUCCUUCGCCAGCCUCUUCUCCGACUAAAAGCCUCUCCAGAAGCUUCCUCGUUCUGUUAGUUGUCAGGUUUGAAAAAGAAAAAGAAAACCAACCCUGACUGGUUCAUCUGUUGUGGAAUCUCCCUCCACAUCCGAGCCUCAGCUUCCUGUUCCUUCUCUUUCCUUCUCACUGUUUGUGAAGUUUGACACACGGUGCAACCCGCUGUCCUCAGAUCAGUGUUACAUCUAUCACUAGAAAGGCCAAUAGAUAUUGGGGUUCUAACAUAAAGGCCAGUGUGUUGACUGAAGAUGUCAAACUUUAAAAGCGGACUUAUUUGCAUUGGUCUUCCUUACAGGAGAUAUUAAAGAGAUGUAGGAUGUCAGUGCACUGCAGUCCCCUGAUGGCCUUUCUAGUGGUAAGUAAUAACAGUAAAUAAUCAUAAUCAUUGCUCAUAAUGCUUGGUAUAUAGUUGUAAUUCUGCGUUCUGUUUGUCCAACCAGUGAAACUUGUCAUUAUUCGGUCGUGUCUUAUACAUAUAUACACAUAUACACAUAAUUAUAACAUUGAUUGCAGCUUCCAAACCGUUUGCAGAUGUCUAUCCCAAUACUCUUAUCUGAAACUGUUCCGGUUAUCUCCUGAGAAAUAUACUAAGUCCUCACGGUUCACCAGCGAUUUUAAGCAUCUUGCCAGCAGCCACAUUUCUCAGACAUCCAUGUGCUGUAGACACAUAUUGGCUUAGUAGUGACUCCUCUACCUAACAUUACCAAAGUGCUUUUAAUAAUAUCAUAAAAACAACCCCCCUCCCCCUGCACUGGGAGAAGAAAACAAUCGCACAGCUAACCAACCUUUGAGCGUGUGAUUUCACAAGGUGCAAAUGCUCUACUGGCCUACAGCCAUUGUCUUCCAUCAUAGCCCAGAUCUUCCCCUGCAGUUCUUCUUUUUCCUAAUGUUAUGUGCUUUGAAAAAUGGCACUACAGUGUAUUUUCUGUGGGGGAUUUGUACCAUGACUACAGUACUACUGCUGUGUGUGUGUGUGAGUGUUUAAAGGCGAACAGUGAGGUGUAUUUGAGACUUAAAUUUCCACUGAGACCGAAAAAAGAUUUAGUUGUGUAACAUCACAUCUUAUAUCUUUAUACUCCUUUAUCAUUUAUCAUGGUCAUAUUUUUAGUGUUUGGUCAAACAGUGAGUAUACAACAAUUUGCAGUGGUAGCAGCCAAAGCAGACACUUUUUCUUUUUUUUUACUCUUCCAUCCUGCUUUGGAACUGCAUGUAAAUGUUAAGUGUAUGUCAUACGUAGAGUUCAAUUGGUAUUUUCUAACAGAAAGCCAGCACAAGCUCAUGAUUUUAACUAUUCCAUAAAGACAGCAAAAACCAUGGUAAGGCUUUAUUUUAUGGGUGCUGCAAUUCAGUAAGGAUUUCCUAGAAAGGACAAUGUAAUUUGGGGCAAAUUAUAGGAAAAUAUAUUAAUAAUAACAUUAUUUAUACAGUAUAUACAUAUAUAAUAAUAUGUUUCCUUAUGCAUAGGUAUCGAGAACCAGGAACGUUACCAUUUACAGUCUAACUGCUCUAAAGAUGGGAUGUGCCUACAUUAUAUUGGAGCUUCGAAAGAAAAUGAGAUGUUUUGCUAUUGUGAUUUAGAUUUAAUGACUAAUAAAUUGACGAUGAUCCAAUUUAAUCUAUGUAAAAUAUUUAAUUAUUUGAUGGAAACCUAAUUGUAUGCAACUAUUUUGGUAAAAGAAGUUCAAGCUACCAGUUUUAUUUGGAAUCAAUCAAUCAAUCAGAUUUAUUUGUCACAUGAAAUUUUGCGAGGUACAAUUCCAGUGAAAUGUAAUUUAAUAUCAACUGAAUACUGUCUCUGUGUUCCUAUAUAAUUAGCACUAAAUUACGUCUUUUCAGGAAAUGUGAAUGUUAGUUCUUCUAUUCCAAGGAAAUAAUUAGGAACAUAAAAGGUAUCUGUUUGUUGCAACAGGCUACAGAAGUACAUUUGGCUUUCCAUGCAGCACAAUCACACUCUGUGUUCUUUUUGCAGGAAAGGAAAAGCUGUCUUGUAGUUUGCUCUGGAUUUAUCUGUGCAAAACUAAAUAAGCCUUGAUUUGUUUAUCAUUUAGAAGGACCUGGCCAAAAAAGAAAAUUAUAAUCUAUAUUAGCUCUUAUUCUUUUGUCUAAAUACCACAAACAAAAACACAAAUAGGAUAUUUGAAUACCUUUGAGCUGUGUGCAUUCAUUUAAAUGGAUCUGUGAUUCCAGAGUUUUUAUUGUUCUUUACAUAAUAAUGAAAAUAAUAAUAAUUAAUAAUAAUAUUCAUAAUAAUAAACCCCAUUUUAAGAUCAAUUUUAAGAUUUAACUAUUUAAAUGCAUGAAGCUGAAUAAAAUGUAUAGUGGUGUGCGUGCGUGUGUAUGUGUGAGUAAUUCAAGUUGUAAAUUUGCCAUUAUGAUUAGUAAUAAUACUACCACAAAAAUAAUUUGCAAUAAUUCUGUUGAUUUUAAAUUAUGAAGCUUGACACUUUAAGAAAAGCUGCAAUUUUUGCCCAAGCUUUAUUCGGUGCUUUGCCGCUCUGACUGGCAGAAACAUGAGAAACUAACAUUGUUUUUUCAUUGAGCUGAAAAUUCUUAAAAUGUGUUUGAUCAAUAAAAGACACUCCACAGUGCUCGUACAAAGCAAUGAUGGCGAGAGUAGUUUUCCGGCUACAAACAGUUGCUCUGGAGGGAAAAUAAUCAGAUUGGGUGCAUUUUUUAUCAGUGGGAGGAACCACAGUUGUGUAUGCUAUGUUCACACUAUCAAGCAUCAAAAGCUACAAAACUGCCAGGCGUGGCCAGCUCCAUCGUCGCUGAGUCAUCGUUUUUAUUUUGUUUCACUAGAAUAGCUAGCAUAGCGUCAGCUAGCAUAGCGUCAGCUAACUAAGCUAAGUAACACGGUACUACAGCUAGCUGUGUGCAUUUAUCAAAAUAAAUGAUUGGUUGACGCUUCACCGCAUCAUUAGAGCGAGUGAAACAUUGACAUUGACAUUUCAACUUUGAUUUGUAGGUAGUCACACGAGUGUUGGGCGUCAGUUUGUAGCUUUAGCGGCUUCAACUGAAAGUGACUGAGACGUAGCUGUUGUGUUGUUGCUCAUAGUGUGAACACAGCGUUUAAGUAGUUAAUUGACCAUUUACUAAGCCCCGCCCUCUUUCUGUUCCUACCUGUUUACAACAAUAAUGGUGACAGUUUUACUUUUUUCUUCUUUUUUUUAAACAUUUUUUAAAGAGUGGAUCUUUAAGUAGAAAGGAACUUUUCAUUGCAACACAUUCUCAUACCUAAACAACUGAUAGGCCAAUAACUCCAAAAAGGACAUAUAUGAACGUUGUUUUUAUUAAUUUUUAUACACAUAACUAGCAACCCCACAGACAAAAUGCUCCUUAUAACUGGAAAUAACACAAGCUUAUGCAGUAAGCUAGUUAGCCAGACAUGCUAACGUUAGCUGCUUUCCUUUGAGCAGAUGAACACACAGUUUAAUCCAUUCCUUGCGUUAUUGCCUGUGGAUUUUGGUUUUUGGAAAGAAACGGCUGCUAAGAUGUGAUUGGACAAAUGCUGUUAAAUGGGAGGGGUUCAGUGAACGGUCAAUUAGCACGCUCACCUUUCAACAUCAGAGAAAGUCUCUGCUAGUAAUGUUUUCCUUUAUUGCCAUUUAAGUUUUACUCCGGUGAGUCUGUCAUUCGUGUGGCAAUAAAAAAUCAACUGGAGUGCUGUCCUAGUAUCUUUAUCCAUUUUUCACACUUCCCAAAUUUUUUUGUAAAAGCAACAUUCUGUUCUGCAGUCAGCUUUUUCUCUAAGUGUAGAGCACUUUUGCAAGCGUUUCAUCACUUCUGGCACUGUGUCAAAAUGGACCUAAUUAGCAUUUCAUUGUGAGACCGCUUGAAGGUUUGAAUCCUAUUGUUUUGUCUCUAUUGUAAAGAUGCCUACUACUUAGUAUGUAAGACUGCAGUGUGAUAAGCCAUAACCAAUCCAUGAGGAUUUACUAUUCCUUAAAUGCCAAACGCAAUAAUGGCUGUGACGUCACUAAGAAACUGAAAUAUUAACUUAAAUCACUGUGUCCAUUCUCUUUUAGAGACAUUAGGAGGCCUGUCCUGCCCUGCAGAGGCAGUAACUCUUUUUGAUUUGGAGUUCAAACCAAGAGAAAUCAUACCACACAGUUUAAUGAUCAGGAUGAAAGAUCAACUUUGAUGUCACUUUUCUCAUUCUCAUGCAAUUUGGGUUUACAAAUGCAGUUCAGUCUAUGCCAUACAUAUACCCAUCUAUUUGGUCAGUUUGUUUGGUCUUCAUUUGCUGUUUUUAAUUAGGUGUCGGAUAAAGUCUCUCAUUGAGCUGUUUUAUCUUAACAUUUCGGAUACUUUUAAUUUGACUCAUUUCAAUUUCAAUUCAAUCUGAGCUGCAAAGUUGGCUAGUAACUACCUCAAGUUCAGCAGUGUUCUGCAGAAAAUGACUAUAGAGUGGUAGUACUGGAAAAGAUUUUGUGAAAUGAGCAAACCACAUUAGUGCAAGAAAAGGGGAUUGGAAAUUGCCCCUUUAGCCGGAAGGGAUUAGUUUGACACAUGGACUGUGGGAAAACAACAAUGCAGUGUCUGUGACAUCAACUUAAGGAGGAUCAGAUACCAGAUUUACUGCAACAUCCAAACAUAGGCAGCAGGGUGGAGACUGUAAAUGCCUUCCAUUAACAGACAGCACAGUAUAAAAUCUACUCAAUCACUCCCCACACAUACUCUGUGUUACGUUUCAAUAUCCUAUUAAUGGACCUAUGGUUUAAUGGAAUGCAUAUAACUACUAAGACCUUAACCAUUUUAAAUUGGUGCUUCUAAAAAGAAUAUGGCAGUCUAGCCAUUCUUGUUGUUAUAGUUAUAUUUUUAUUUCCAACUGACCAAAGGAGGCAACUGCAGCAAAGGCCAUCUGUUUGAUCAGAUUUUUAAUAGCCAGGUGUUAGAUUAUUUUAAUUUACCAUCAAAAAAGGUUUGCUAGAUGAGCUUGUUAUUUACAUUACCGGUCAAAAGUUUGGGGUCACUUAGAGAUUUAUUUUGCACUCCAUUAUAGACAGAAUACCAGCUGAGGUCAGUUUUUUUAACCAGGGCAGCAGUUUUCAGAUUACAUUAUGUGCUUACAUAAUUGCAAAAGGGUUCUCCAAUGUGUUCUCAGUUAGUUUUUUAAAAUGAUAUCAAAUUAGUAAACAGAAUGUGCCUUUGGAACAUUGGAUGAAUGGUUGCUGAUAAUAGCCAAUACAAUGUAGAUAUUGCAUUAAAGAUCAGCCACCCACUCAGAUCAGCUGGUAUUCUGUCUAUAAUGGAGUAGUAUGGAAAUUUGUAAGUGACCCCAAACUUUUGACCAGUAAUGUAUGUACUCAGUUUUUUCAGAAAACGUUUUUAUCCUGUUUUGUAAUACACAGAUAGGGGGGGGGGCACAUCUGAUUUGUUCCUACCAGCAGGUUUAUCUGGCCCUGGUACCCAUUUUUGUGUGUUUCUUUUUUUUUUUGCCAGCACAAAGUGGGCAUUAGAGGAACACGUUAAAAAAUAGUUCUCCCAUCAAGAAGAAAAUAAAGCGUCAAGAGAGCUCCCUUUUUGUGAUAUUUUACUUGACUUUCAGCUGCCUCAGCCAAUCACAGCCUCAGCCCCACUCCGGCUUCCUCACUGAAAACUCCUUUCUUCUAAAUGUAUCUUAAAAAACCUGGUGUGCAUGUCACAGAUGCAGCAUUCGUGUUCUUAAACAGUGCGUGCAGAGUUAGUACUCAUUUCACAAAAUUUUGCGCGACACGUUGCAUCACCCCAUCUUUGUUUUUACUUCCGUUUAAACAUGACGUUCCAUUUGGAGAAAAGGCCACUCUGCUGUUUUAACAUUUCAUUUCCUUUCAGACAUGACGUGUUUAAGUCACAAGCUCAACUUUAGGCGUGCUGAACUGAUACAUAACGCAGAGUUGAAUAUGCAGCAACAGAGAUUUGCCAUUAACUACAGCUAAUACUGCAAGGAAAGCCCAAGUUUACCUUAAAUGUGAUGUUUGUAAUUGACAGAUAUAAUGUCAUUGCACGGGUUUAUUUGCCGAUCUUUCAGUCCACUGUGUCCCUUCCUCUUUGCUGAAUGGUGAAUGGUAUUGUAUGGUAUUUUAAGUGUCUUAACGUUCUGUAUAUCGGUGUAAAUGUGGCAUGGAAACCAAACCCCUCUUGUGUGCCUCAGGUGUGUAAAUUUGGUCGUUCCGUGAUCUCAGUGUCUGGCUGCUUAUUUGUGAGACGCAUCUCAUGUGUUUCUGUAAUUUAGUAGUAUUAACAUUAUUUGGUUUUCUGUAUUUUUGUUCUUUGGUCUGAAAAGCAAGAUUCCUGUUAUUAAAGGUACCACUUUUAUUA